GCAGCCCGACAGAGCGGCCAGUCAUCAACAUCCUCCCCGCCCCUCCUCCUCCUGCUCCCUCUCCUCCUUCUUCAACGUCCGCCGGUUGCUGCUGUAACGCGAUGUUGCUCGCGAGCUUCGACGGUUGAGGAAGAAAAAAAAACGGUACCCCCCUCCACCCACCCCCUUCUUUUCCACCGGAGGAGGCUUUUACAACGGUCUUUUUGGAAAUCCCCCGCGGACAUGAGGACGCCCGCUACGGCGACUUCUUCCAACCGGGAGGACCGGGACGCUUGACUGGGAUCAGUUCUUAUCCCACCCAGCGAAUGAGAAAAGGAUCAUCAUGCCCGGUUCCCCGCCGCCCCGUCGUUCCUCCGCCGAGAGCCGAGGCCCCUUUUGGUUUCUGGACUUACCGACGCAGGAAUGAGAUAAUUCCACGGACCAGCUCGUGCGUGCCGCUACGACGACACCUGUAGCACCUGAAACCCGCCCGCCCCUCCCCCGCCCCUUGAAGUCGACGGUCCCAACAUGACGACGCCGGCUCUGCUGCCGCUGUCGGGCCGCAGGAUCCCCACGCUGUCGCCGGGCGGCGCCUCCUCCUUCCCGCACCACCGGGCGACGCUGAGGCUCUCCGAGAAGUUCAUCCUCCUCCUCAUCCUCAGUGCCUUCAUCACCUUGUGCUUCGGCGCCUUCUUCUUCCUGCCGGACAACUCCAAGCACAAGCGCUUCGACCUGGGCCUGGAGGACGUGCUCAUCCCCCACAUCGACUCGCCCAAAGAGGGGAAGCACGCCUCUGGACAGGUGGUCAUCCACGGACAGGGAGGACACGACGAGCACAGACACAGGGAGGAGGAGGAGAGCCUGCGGAACAAGAUCCGGGCGGACCACGAGCGAGCGCUGCAGGAGGCCAAGGAGAAGCUCCGGAAGUCCCGCGAGGAGCUGCAGGCGGAGAUCCAGACGGAGAAGAACAAAGUACUGCAGGAGCUGAAGAGGAAGGAGGCGGAGCCUAAGCCGCUGCCCCCCGUGCCCCUGCCCAAGAUGGUGGGGGUCAGCGACGGCGAGCCGCCGGAGCCCGACGCCAAGGAGAAGCGGGACAAGAUCAGAGAGAUGAUGAAGCACGCCUGGGACAGCUACCGGCAGUACAGCUGGGGCCACAACGAGCUGAAGCCGCUCGCCAAGAAAGGACAUUCCACCAACAUCUUUGGUAACUCCCAGCUGGGCGCCACCAUCGUGGACGCCCUGGACACGCUGUACAUCAUGGGCCUGCACGCCGAGUUCAAGGACGGCCAGGAGUGGAUCGAGCAGAACCUGGACUUCGGAGUGAAUGCCGAGGUGUCUGUGUUUGAGGUCAAUAUUCGUUUCAUCGGAGGACUGCUGGCCGCCUACUACCUCUCUGGACAGGAAGUGUUCAAGCUGAAGGCCGUCCAGCUGGCGGAGAAACUACUUCCUGCCUUCAACACGCCCACCGGGAUCCCCUGGGCCAUGGUCAACCUCAAGAGUGGCGUGGGGCGUAACUGGGGCUGGGCGUCGGCAGGCAGCAGCAUCCUGGCCGAGUUCGGGACGCUCCACAUGGAGUUCGUCCACCUGACCUACCUGACGGGGAACCCGGCCUACUACCAGAAGGUGAUGCACAUCCGGAAGCUGCUGGCCAAAAUGGACCGACCCAAUGGGCUGUACCCCAACUACCUGAACCCCCGCACGGGCCGCUGGGGCCAGCACCACACCUCGGUUGGAGGACUCGGGGACAGUUUCUACGAGUACCUGCUGAAGGCGUGGCUCAUGUCGGACAAGACCGACACGGAGGCUCGCAAGACCUACGAUGACGCCAUCGAGGCCAUCGAGCGCCACCUGAUUCGCAAGUCCAACGGCGGCCUGACGUUCAUCGGCGAGUGGAAGAACGGCCACCUGGAGAGGAAGAUGGGCCACCUGGCGUGCUUCGCCGGCGGCAUGUUCGCGCUGGGCGCCGACGGCUCGCCCGACGACAAGGCCGGGCACUACCUGCAGCUGGGAGCCGAGAUCGCACACACCUGCCACGAGUCCUACGACAGGACAGUGCUGAAGCUGGGCCCGGAGGCCUUUAAGUUCGACAGCGGUCUGGAGGCGGUGGCCGUGCGGCAGAACGAGAAGUACUACAUCCUACGGCCGGAGGUCAUCGAGACGUACUGGUACAUGUGGAGGUUCACCCACGACCCCAAAUACCGCCAGUGGGGCUGGGAGGCCGCGCAGGCCAUCGAUAAGUACUGCCGGGUGAGCGGCGGCUUCUCCGGGGUGAAGGACGUGUACUCGUCCAACCCGACGUACGACGACGUGCAGCAGAGCUUCUUCCUGGCCGAGACGCUCAAGUAUCUCUACCUGUUGUUCUCCAGUGACGACCUGAUGCCGUUUGAGAGUUGGGUCUUCAACACGGAGGCUCACCCGCUGCCCGUCCUCCACCUGGGCAACAUCACGCUGCCGGGCAGCGAGCCGGCCCAGCGGUAGACGGACAGAGAGGGGCCUAAGGAGGGGGCGGGGCCUAAGGAGGGCGCCCGCUCGUACGCCCUCCCCUCAAGAAAAAGGGUUUAGAAAACCCACCAACACUGGAUAAACUUACAUUCAGCUCUACCGACACUGCAGGGCGACGCCCCCCCCCAGAGGGCGACGCCCCCCCAGAGAGUCUCCGUCUUCUUCUUCUCUGUUUUACUCUGUGACUCCACCCCUCCGUCUCCUCUGCUUCACUCAGGGAGACGAGUGCUGCUCGGCUGAAGGACCCGGCCCCUCCCACCGGAGGCGGGACUUACUUCUGUUUUUGGGGGAUUUGUUGUUAUUAUUUUUAGUGUUGAUUUGAAAUUCGACCAAACUGGGAGCCCCCGCAGUGCAUUCUGGGGGUUUUCUGUGAAGGAUUACGCCGCCUCCUCCUUCACGGCUCUGUUGUCGAUGCGUCUGUGAACCGGGGACACCGGGGGGGGACCAACCCCCCCUCCUCCAUUUCACUUCCUGUCCAAUCUUCAGAUGAACUUUGACCCCUCCUCUUCCUCCUUUAUCAGAAAAGAGGACCAAUGUAAGUGGAACAGUAACUACUCGGUUACCUCCUCAUCUUCACCACUCCUCCUCCUCCUCUUCCUCUCUCUCUUCUUCUGUGCUCUUCCUCUUUGAGCUGUAACUCGUUGCUUUGUGCACUUUGUACGGAGCGCUGUGACGAAGGACGCGCCGAGCGAGCUGAAUAAAUGACGUCAUCCUGC